ACAACAAACCACUGCUCCUUCCUUCCUUGAUCGUCUCCCUUCCCAAUUCACGCGCCCACACCGACGUCCUCCUUCCCAAUCCCGCCCGCCGCCACUUUCCAUCCUUCGCCGCCGCGCCGCCAUCCCAAUCCGCCUCGGAGCCGGCCUCGUACGGCCACGCGGCGCCACCAUUGUUGUUAUAAUAAUGGACGCCGACGAGCCGCCAGAGCCCACCACCGCACCGUACGCACCCGACCCCCGCCGCUAGCCGUCUAGCCACGGUUCUCCUCCCUCCCCGCAUGGGCUGCACCACCUCCCACGACGCCUUCGCGGCCGCCGCGUCCAGGGCGCGGCGCCGCGCGACGGGCCACACCUCCUCCUCCUCCGCGUCGCGGCGGGCGCGGCGGGACCCCGCGGCGGUGUGCCGGGAGCGCGCGGCGCUGAUCCGGGCGGCGGCCGACCGGCGCUUCGCGCUCGCCGCGGCGCACGCGGCCUACUUCCGCUCCCUCGCCGCCGUCGGGGGGGCGCUCCGGCGCUUCGCGGCCGCCGCGCUCCUCCCCGCCGACCCCGCCGACCACGCCUCGCCCGUGCUCACCCUCCCGCCGUCCCCCGCCAAGCCGGUCUCCACCCUCCCGCCGUCCCCGUCCGGGUCCUCCUCCACCGUCUCGCCGCUCUCCCACUCCCUCUCCGACUCUUCCUCCGACGACGAGGACCUCCACGCGCUCGACCACUCCAGGCGCUCCCGCAACCGCAACGCGCCGCCGCAGCAGCACCGCCACUACAUGCGCAACUCCGCCACCGUGCCCAACGUGGUGUACGCGGACCCCUACGCCGAGUACGCCGAGGCGCAGACCGGCUACGGCGCGUACCCGUACGGGCCCUACGGCGACAGGAGGCCCCCGCCCACGCCGCCGCCUCCGGAGCCGGCGGCCUCGGCCUGGGACUUCUUCGACCCCUUCACGCCCUACGACCAGUUCCUCGAGGACUACUCGCGCGGCAAUGGCGGCGGGAUCAGCUGGAACUUGCCCGCCAGCAGCCCCAAUUACGCCGAGGUCAGGCGGAUGGAGGGGAUCCCGGAGCUCGAGGACGAGGCCGAGCUGGAGGCCAAGCCUGCCGCUGCGGCUUCCACAACCUCGACCGUUGAAGAUGAGAAUGUCAAGGGGAAGAGGCCAGUUCCUGCCGCCAAUGCCGGUUCCAAGGGCGAGCCUUCUGAGGUGAAGCUGCAGCGCAAGAGAUCAUCCAGUCCCAAUCCCAAGGGCAGGCCAUCUGAGGUGAAGAAGGGGCCAUCCGGAGCCAAUGGUGAGCCUUCUGAGGCGAGGCUGCAGAGCAGGGAAUCAUCCGGUCCCAAGGGCGGGCCAUCUGAGGUGAAGACGCAGAGCAAGGGACUAUCCGGUGCCAAUGGAGAGGCAGAGAAGCCAGUCUCGGCGCCGAGGAAUGCCAGCUCGAAGAGCAAGAAAGGGAGCAGCAGCGAUACAGCGAGCUUGAAGGGCAUGGGCAGCGGUGACAUUGGCAGCGACAACUCCACCGCGAAGAAGAAGGGUGUGGCAUUUGAUAAGGAUGUGUCGACUGUCGAUGCAUAUGGGGAAGGGGGGAGCCACGGCAAGCCAGCGCAUCCAGCUAUGACUGUGAGCAGCGAGUCCUUCUCGCCGUUGCAUAGCGGAGACAGGGAUGUCAUGGAGGCGAUGGAGGAGAUCAAAGGGCGUUUCGAGGAGGCGGCGGACUGUGGCGAUGAUGUCUCCAGGCUCCUUGAGGUGGGGAAGGUGCCUCAUCGGGCAACACCCAAAGUUCUUAGAUAUUUCUCUUCUACCGUGUCGUCCUCUCACUGCCUCCCCAGGCGACAAAGGAACUCAAGGUUGCCGAGCACGGCGUCUUCGGCCAGUGGUAGAAGAAAUCCCGACUUGAAUCUGUCGUCGACUCUCGAGAAGUUGUGUCUCUGGGAGAAGAAGCUAUACCAGGAGGUUAAGGAUGAAGAGAAGCUGAGGGUCGUGUAUGAAAAGAAGUACAGGAGGCUCAAGUCGCUGGACGAGCGAGGAGCACAGCCAGAAGCAAUUGACCCCAUCAGAUUGUCUGUGCGGGACUUGAGGCAAAGGAUCAGCAUCAACAUCAGGACAGCCAAGGCCUUCUCAUCAAAGAUUGAGAAGAUUCGAGAUGAAGAACUAUACCCUCAGCUUGUUAAUCUCAUCCAAGGAUUGCGAAGAAUGUGGAAAGCAGUUCUGGAAUGUCACGAGAGGCAGCUAUCAGCCAUAAGAGACAGCCGAAUCCACUUGCUCAAGGCUAGGACCAUAAGCCAAUCCAGUGCUGCUGCAGUGGCCACACUGGAGCUGGAGCGGGAGCUCUCGAAAUGGUACCGCUGCUUCAACAAGUGGAUCAGCACCCAAAGGGCUUACGUGGAGGCACUGAACGGAUGGUUGAGGAAAUGGUUCCCCGAGGUACAAGAGGAGCUAGAUGCACCAGACGGCGCCCCGCCUUUCUCCCCUGGCAAGCUCGGCGCCCGACCGAUAUUCAUCAUAUCAAACGACUGGUUCCGAGCGAUCGAGCUGGUCCCCAAGAAUGACACGCUCAAGUCGAUCGACUAUUUCUCCAAGCUUGUCCACGAGUUCAGGAGGAGCCAGGAGGAUGAGCACCGGCAGAGGAGGAGAGCCGACCACGCCUCCAGGGACUACAAGAGGAAGCGUGAGGUUCUGCAGAGAGAACUAGGAGUAAGUAGCAGUACUGAUAUGGUUGCCGCGAUGGAGCACGCUCCCCCUGGCCAUGACGACCGCGUGGUUGAGCUGCAGAAGAUGAGGAAGAGGCGGGACGACGAGAGGGCCAGGCACGAUGAGGUGAUGAAACAUGCUCAUUUUGCAGCUGAGGCUACUCUGCCGGUUGGUUUCCUCCCUCUGAUGGAGCAGAUGGUCAGCUUCUUCCAGAGCAAUCUGCAAGUCUACAUGCGCAUCAGAAUCAACGGUGCACAUCUUGGGUCAUCAGCCACACAUCUUGGGUAAUGGCAUGUUUUUGAAGACGACAGUUUUGUGAUUGAGGUGGUAGAGGUGAGGUAGUGUUGGAAAUUUUGUGUACAGAUCAUUGGUUCAAUUCGGCGGUUUAGGCCUUAAUUCCUACAGUUUGGUGGUAGACAGAACGUUAGUGUUUUACAGGAGAUUCUUACUGAUGAUGCUUGACUCGUUGCUCACUAGAGGGUAGCUGCAAAUGCUGUAACUGGUUCUAAUAUGCUCUGUACAUGACACUUCACUUACUAAUCGAUAUUCAUUUUACCAUC